CGAGCGAGCGCGGGCGGCGGCGGCGGCGGGAGCGGGAGCAACGGCCGCGGCGCGAGCGGAUCGGGAUCGGGAUCGGGAUCGGGAUCAGGAUCAGGAUCAGGAUGCCGAACAAGAGCAAGAAGGAGAAGGAGCCCAACAAGCCCGGCAAGAGUCCCAAGAGCAGCGGCAAGGAUGGCGGGGAUAACGCGGAGGAGGCCCAACAGCAGCCGACUGCAAACAAGAGGCCCAGUAACAGUGCUCCUCCUCAAACUCAACUUAACAAAAUCAAGUAUUCUGGAGGACCACAGAUUGUAAAGAAAGAGAGACGCCAGAGUUCAUCCCGCUUCAACCUGGCAAAGAACAGGGAGUUGCAGAAACUGCCAGCACUUAAAGAUGCACAGUCUCACGAGAGAGAAGAGCUAUUUGUUCAGAAAUUACGACAAUGCUGUGUUCUCUUUGACUUUGUCACUGACCCUCUCAGUGACCUCAAAUACAAAGAGGUGAAGCGGGCAGGUUUGAAUGAGAUGGUGGAAUACAUCACACACAAUCGGGAUGUCAUCACAGAAGCUAUUUACCCAGAGGCUGUUAUUAUGUUUUCAAUAAACCUAUUCAGGACAUUGCCGCCUUCGUCUAACCCCACUGGGGCAGAAUUUGAUCCCGAGGAAGAUGAACCCACACUUGAAGCUGCUUGGCCACAUCUACAGCUCGUCUAUGAAUUUUUCCUGCGAUUCCUUGAGUGUGCUGAUUUCCAACCAAAUGUAGCAAAGAAGUAUGUAGACCAGAAGUUUGUCCUGUCGUUACUGGAAUUGUUUGAUAGCGAAGAUCCAAGGGAGAGAGAUUUCCUGAAGACAAUUCUUCACAGAAUCUAUGGCAAAUUCCUGGGCUUAAGGGCUUACAUCCGAAGACAAAUCAAUAAUAUCUUUUACAGGUUUAUUUAUGAAACUGAGCACCAUAAUGGGAUUGCAGAACUUCUAGAGAUUUUGGGCAGUAUAAUCAAUGGGUUUGCAUUACCUUUAAAGGAAGAGCAUAAAAUGUUCCUGAUCAGAGUUUUAUUGCCGUUGCAUAAGGUGAAGAGUCUCAGCGUGUACCACCCACAGCUGGCCUAUUGUGUGGUGCAGUUCCUUGAGAAAGACAGCAGCCUUACAGAGCCGGUGAUCGUAGGUUUGCUCAAGUUCUGGCCCAAAACGCACAGUCCAAAGGAAGUGAUGUUUCUGAAUGAACUGGAAGAAAUUCUGGAUGUCAUUGAACCGUCAGAGUUUGUGAAAGUAAUGGAGCCACUGUUCCGACAGCUCGCAAAAUGUGUUUCCAGCCCACACUUUCAGGUGGCAGAGCGAGCUCUAUAUUAUUGGAACAAUGAAUACAUCAUGAGUUUGAUCAGUGAUAAUGCUGCCAGAAUCCUCCCUAUAAUGUUCCCUGCACUUUACAAGAACUCCAAAAGUCACUGGAACAAGACAAUUCAUGGAUUGAUUUACAAUGCACUGAAGCUGUUCAUGGAAAUGAAUCAGAAGCUGUUUGAUGAUUGCACCCAGCAAUACAAGGCAGAGAAACAGAAGGAGAAAUUCAAAGUUAAAGAGCGCGAAGAGAUCUGGCAAAAGAUUGAACAUUUGGCCCAACAUAAUCCUCAGUUUAAUACGUAUGUUGAGCCCCCAGCUGCCAGCUCUGUGCUCUCCAUGGAGACAGAAACUCCCACAGCUGAGGGAGUUUCAGCUGAAGAUAUCCAACUGCUGAAGAAGGCUGUGGAGACUGAGGCUAUCCAGAUGAAGAAAGAUAUAAAGAAAGAGAAGAUCCUGCUGCGCCGAAAGUCAGACCUGCCCCAAGACGUGUACACUAUAAAGGCUCUGGAAGCACACAAGCGGCCUGAGGAGUUCCUCAGCUCGAACCAGGAGGCUCUCUGACGGGCAGCACCUGCACACUAGCCCUCACAAUCCCCUGGCACCAGGAUGUGAGCAGAUGCCAUCUCUCCUGUAAAGCAUAGAAUGAACUGUUGAUCAGUGUUCAUGUCAAGCUGUGUCCUUCCCUUUUGUAACCAGCUUCUCUUAUGUUUUUCUUCCUUUGCUGCUGUUUCUUGCCUCGGUCUUAGACAACAACCUUAGCACCCACCUUGGUCUACUUCUGCCCGUUGUUUAAGUGAGUUGGGUGUCUGCAGAGAAAGCAGACUCCAGGCAACUGAAAGCAGUGUGAACCAGCGCCUGCAGGUUUCUGAGAUAGUGCCUCACCUGGUACAUGUCCCGAUCCCUCCCCCCCCCAAGAGGCUCUGCGUGGGACCAAGUGACUCCGUCCGAGCCUCGGCCCUGCCUGUCCCGAGUGUUUCCACCCAGAGCCCCCCCCCGUCCCCAGUGGCUGGUGUUCCUACGCUCCUUGACCGGUUUGCUGGUUACCUCCAAGCGUUAUUGUGGCCUCAGCUGCAGCCAGUUUUCCCUAACAGGGGAAAGUUAUAUAUCAUGGAAAAUGGAAUCUGCAAAAGAAGCGGCUAGAUUGGUCCAGUUGACACUGAGUGCCUGGCAGAACUGUUGUUCCUUGCUUUCUGUUUACUUCUCUGGAUUUCCCCUCUCUAUUGUUAUUGUGGUGUAAUUCUACAGCUGGACAGAGGUGAGGCUGCCUGGCCAUUCAGGAAGGUGAAUGGUUUGACCUUCUGAUGUGUUAGUCUGGCCCUGCCGAACGCCGCACUCACUGGAAUAGCAAGCAGACAUUCCCCCAAAUACCCAAGGGUGCUGAAGCUGAUGGUUUUUGCCCACUAACUAGGCAUAGAGGUGCUUUAAAGCUAGUCUGUAGGUCUUGCCCCCCACCAAGCAAGGCAGUUCAUCUGUGAUCGGCUUGUCUGACCGUUGACUGUUUCACUUGUCAGGGUGACAGUUUCUUGACUCUCGGUGUUGGGUCCAUUUCCCUGCCACUUGUGGCUUUCCCUGCUGUGUGUUUAACCCUUUGUGCAAUCAACAGCUAUAUAACAUUCAAUGAAUGAUGGAUAUAUAAAUAUAAGCCUAAAUAGCUCAGUGCAGGAGAGUAACGCCCUUCCUGCAGUACUGUCCUGUCAUGUACCAUCCUCUUAACCAUGACUCUUGACCAACACAGAGGGUCUGGUGGGGAUCUUUAAAUGGAGCAGUCCUGAUUACGUAGCUCAUGGGUAUCAUGUCGACUCGCCAGUUUCUACAGGCACUUCUUUACCAACAAAACAAAAGCGGCUUUGGUAUUACCUGUUUAGUUUUUCUUCAUAGAUUCAUGUAAAGUAUUAAAGUGAGAAAGGCCAUUUCAGUAAAGUAACCGUGGAGCAGAAACCGGAAACUUCCUCUUUGUGCAAAAUUCCCAAGCAGGUUGUGUUUGAAAUUGCAGUUCCUGGCCAGAGGGCCAGGUCCCUUGUUGGUCAGGCACACACUGCUCUGUAGUUUCCAGAGCUCGAUGCUGUUUAUGUGUCAAGCCAAUAAAAUCCAGCCUGUGUUUUAGCUGCUGAAAAUGAAUGGGAGUUCUGGGCUCGUGUUUGUGUGGUUGUAGGUGGAGGGGAUGUGGAGCGUGUUUCUCAGCAGAAUUUGACUCUAAAUGGGUAUCCACGAUUCACUUCCCGUCCAUUAUUUUGUUCAUGUGCAGUACCUGACAGUGACUGGCUGAUGGUGGGUGGCAGUGGGAACCCCUUCUCCCAGCUUUUCCCAGUUUUGCCAGGUCACUGAAUAGCUAGCAUACACUUUUCUCAUCAGAUGUGAAAAGACCUUUCUGCAACCCAAGUAAGCCAACCCCACAAAAAGUGAUAGUCUCCCCCCCCAGUCUCAACUCCAGGAAGAUAAAUAUAUUCAUCUUUUUGGUGUGGUCUGUGGAACCUGGUGUGCUGCCGAGCCCAACCCAGCAACUCUAUCCCUGACUAACUGUGUGUUCAUCGCUCAUUCAUUGUACACAAGGUGUUCACGAUGGUGCUGUCUAUAAAAAAUAUUGUUUUGCCAGAACAUGUCCAUUUUGUCCCCAUAUUUGUUCAAGACAUUGCACUGCUCCUCAGUAACAGACACUCGGAAGCAGCUCGAGUCAACGGGUUGUAGCUGGCAGGCCCCCACUGCCUGGAGCGAGUAAUUGUGUUUGUGUUGUGAUGAGCUGGUUGCAGUGACCAUCGAGUGGCAAGCUGACAUAAUGCCGAGAACUAGCUAACUGUAAAAGUUGCUGGCAAUUGGAUGUGAUGUUAUAUUGAGCCUCAAUGCACCACUCGGAUCAUCCAAGGCACAACUAAGCACAGAGUUCAGUUUCCUGGCCGGCAUCGCCAUUUUAAACAACUGCCACAAGGGUUCAUUCUCAUCCCCUGCUCACUGGACCAUGACCUCUGCUUCCAACCCUCUGCUCACUAGACCAUGACCUCUACUUCCCAUCCACAUCAUUUGAAAAGAACAGAAAUGACCUCUAGGUUUGAAGAUGCCAAUCUAGAAGCGGAGUGGGUGGACAAGAUAGGAGAAUUUCCUUUAACAUUUCUUUUUAGGGCGUAUUCAUUGCUGGCAAGGCCAGCACUCAUUGCCCAACCUUAGCAAGAAAGUAGCCACAGCGGGUACUUACACGAAGAUGAGGUUGCAAAAUGUCUAGUAAAUGUGUACAAGGCAGACUCAUUGUGGCAGCUGCAAAUGCAAGCAGAUACUGUGGCAGGUGUGAGUGCAGGGGGUAGAGAGGUUGCAGGCAGAGAUAGUGGGUGCACGCAUUGGGAAGACAGUGCGUGUACGGGUAGCAGAUGUGAGCUAAGGCAGAAAGGAGCUUGCAGAAAUAGUAGGCACAAAGCACUUGGAUGAAGAAACCAAUAGUGUUUGGAUUGAGGGGUACAGAUGCUACAUUAAUGAAUGUUGGAGGAAGUCCCAUAAAGCUUACCCAAACUUUAGUUUAAACACCCCUGGGUUAUUGAACGAAUCUGUGGAAAGCUUGAGGUGGGCAUUUGAGGUUUCCUUCCUCCCGCACCACCAGGACCGAUCCACAAGGACCCUCUCCCAGCACAGCCGACUUGAUUAUUAUGGAUGCAUCCAGACCUGAGGAGUGGGACUGGUCUGGGGAGUGUCACUCACCUGGGGAUUGGGUCCAGUCUGGGGAGAAAUACUGAAUAGGAACGGUUUGGGGGAGAGUCACAGGGAGUGGGACAGGUCUGGGGACUGUCAUUGACAUGGGGAGUGCAAAGAGUUACUGACCCAGGCACAGAUUGUCAAUGAAUUCUCCUUACUCAUCUUGUCAUUAUAAAGUUACGGUUUAAUUCCUAUCCGACGACCGAUUGUUCAAUGUUACCCUGUCUGUACUAGAUGUUGUAACACUGCGGGUUGGAAAAUAAACCCUCUCGUCACAUCCGGUCCCUCUCCAGCCCCAUCCCACAAUGCAGGCACCCUCUUAUAUUAUCUUUUGCUUAUUUCUUAAUCAUUCCAAAGUUGGAUGCGUGCACCUGCAACAGUGCAGCUAUCUUAGGAUGCUCUGCCCAGCGGUGUUGCUGCUGUUGAUGCUGGGAAUUGGCAAGUGUGGCCGCUGCCCUUGAUGUAUGUACCUGAUUGUGAUACUGCUUGCUCUAGGCCUCUAAAGUAUCUCUGUCCCAAGUCAGUUCCUGGUGUAAAAUUUGGUUCAAGUGCUCACUUUAAAAGUAAAUGUCACUACAUUUUAAACACUGGGGAUUGUUUUCUACUUGUGUUUCAUUUUGAAUCUUUAAAAAUGUGGGUGGUUGUAUUUUGGGAGUGACUUCAUCAUCAGAAUGGAGGAGAAGGUUCAUAGAGUUAUACGGCAUGAAAACAGGCCCAACUCAUCCCAAACUAGCUAAACCCAUUUGCCUGUGCUUGGCCCAUAUCCCUCUAAACUUUUUUAUUUUCCCGUAACUGGCCAAAUGUCUUUUAAAUAUUGUAAUUUUACCUGGCUGCCUAAUUGCCCAUACAGUUUAUUCCAUAUACCCAUCACCCUUUGUGUAGAGAAAGUUCCCUCUUUAAAUCUUUCCCCUCUCACCUUAAACCUGUCCCUUCUAGUUUUAGACGCCCCUAUCCUGGGGAAGAAGACUGAUCAUUCACCUAAUCUAUGUUUCUGAUGAUGUAUACCUCUAUAAGGUUACCUUUCAACCUCCUACACUCUAAAGAAGAGCUCCAUCCUCUCCUUAUAAAUCAAGCCCACUGGAACUGGUAUAUUCUUGGUGAAUCUUAAUUGCAUCUUUUCUAACAAUGUCAUAUUUCCUAUGUGGGCACACUCCAAGUGUGAUCUCACCAACAACUUGUACAACUGCAUCAUGACGUGCCAGCUCCUGUACUCACUGCUCUGACUCAUGACGGCCAAGUUUACCCAACACUACCUUCGCACCCUACCUUACCUGUAUCACAACUUUCAAGGAACAAUGUAUUUGUAUACCUCAGUCUCUUUUCAGAAUUUUAUGGUUAACCAAGUGGAUUCUAAACUUCUCUCCACCAAUACUGCUGUUCCAUGUUUAUGGAUGCUGUCCUCCCCUGCCCCAGGUAGCCUUUUUUUCCUCCCCAAAUCCCACUGCACCAUUAGUUUGUACUGCCGCAACACACAUUGCACUGUGACUUUUGCUUUCAUAUCAUUCUGGGAUCUGCUCUCUCGCUAAGAACUGAUUUCCAGAUGUUGGCCACUUUGUAUGUCUAUCUGGGGGAUUUUCUGACACCAUUUCAAGUUGAACACUUGGCCUCCCUCUUGAGCUCUUUCCUUCCUGUUUGGUGUGCAAGUUUUGCCUUUUCCACACUAGUCACUAACCGGAACAGCAAUAGGAUUGGCUGAUUCUUAGGAAUUACUUUGAACAUGUCUGCCUACCCACUCAGAUAGUUUGACUAACUCAUUCUAUAAAAUUCUGAGCAUCAGGUUGAUCAGUUGGCAGUGAAACUGACCCCAUUACUGAGAGGUAUGGAUUAUAGCAGUCCUUUCUGCUUUAGCUAACUGAAAAUGCCAUCUGAAGAAUCCUCCCUGCUGUUACAGCAGAGCUGGUCUCAAUAAUGUUUCCUGAAGUGAUGUGUAGACUAAAGUUACUUAACUGUGGUCCCAGUGAAGUCAUUUCCCCUAAUCCUAAAUAAGAUGCUGGAAACGCUCUCAUGGAGUUUGGCAGCAUCUGUAGGAAGCAAUAGUUUAUUUGUUUUCACUGAUGUUACCUGACCUGCUGGAUGUUUUUAGCAUUUUCCCUUGGGACUGUACAUCAUUGUUGAGCUGAAGACAAGUGCUGGGAAUUAAAGUGAUGUCGUUGUGUAUUUAGAAUAAAUGGUAGGCUGGUACUUAAAAUAACUAAAAUGUAAUCCAGAGCAGUUCCAUGGAAGCCUUGCCAUUUAAACAAAUCUUGCAGUGAACGGCACAAGGGAACUGUUCCCAGGACCAAGGCAGGUAUGAUCCUGGCAUUCGGUUUGUAAGAGGCGAACAGCAGAACAGAGGGCAGAGCUUUUUAUUUCAGCACCUGAUUUGUUUUUGCAGGGGGAAGGUAGGGCUAACCAUGGCUUUGAAAAUGUAAUGAGGAAUAGAUGCAAAAGCAGUGGUGCACAUUUUCUGCCUCUGAUUUUGUUGCUCUGGGGUCCUCCAAUGACAAGGCUGGAACACUUGCAAGACAAAUAUUGGACUUUGGUAUCAUUCUUUCUCACGUGGACCACUGAGAAAAGCUGUAUCAGAAUCUUCCAGUAAUAAAAUCUAUUAAUCAUUCA